AAAAUAUCUUUUUGCUAUUGUUUUAGCAAAAUCGAAUCCGCACAAAGACAGCGCCUCUUGGAGAACUACCCAAGCGACUAUACCGUAUAUAGCAACAAUGCACAUUGUCAUUAUUGCACCUCCGUAUCAUGGCCACUUGACGUCGGGCGCGUCGUUGGGUGGCGCCUUGAAGAAAGCUCGAGGCCACAGUGUGACGUUCGUCGCCAGCGCCAAGGGCCAACGCUAUGCCGAACGCGAGGAAUUGGACUUUGUGGAACUCGUGGGACACGACCAAGCCAUGGAAGAAGGUGACCAACGAUUGGCCAGCCUAUCGGGAAUAGACGCAGUGCGGUGCACGUCGGAAUGUUUGGUGCACUAUGCCACGUUGUUGUUGCGCGAUUUGCCCGGCGUCUUGGAUACACUAGAACAACCGGUGGACGCCAUUUUGCUGGAUGAGAUUCUCUACUUGGCUGCCACUUCGGUAGCCGAGUACAAGAAGAUUCCCUUUGGAGUACACGCCACGACCGUCUCGGUGAGUCACAGCACCGAUGUGCCUCCCUUUACCACUACGUGGGACUAUCGGGACGCUUGGUGGGGACGAUUGCGAGACACGGCGGGUUGGAUGGCAUUGCUGUGGCAGUGUCCCAUUUCUUCUCGGCCUGUCGUCAAUGAAUGGCGUUUGCAACAUGGACUACCGGAAAUUCCGUCGGGGAUGAAGCGAGAUGGAGGAGUCAUUCAAGUGACACAACAACCCUAUUUUUUGGAAUUCCCCAAAAAGCCCGACACUUUGCCUUCCCACUUUUUCUACACGACACCCUGGCAUACCGAUACAACUGCAGAUGUUACCAGUGAAAGCACAGAUGACAAUUCGUCCUUUCCCUUUGAUAAAUUGGAUGCUUCUAAGCCACUCAUUUAUGCUUCUCUGGGGACGGUACAAAACCAAUCCAAACAAGUCUACCAGAAUAUAUGUCAGGCGUGCUUGGAACUCCUCCAGGAACAGCACGAGCUGCAGUUGGUACUGGCACUGGGCAAAAAGGGUGUGGCAGUGGAAGACAUUAUUCCUCCCAUGGCCGACAACGACAAUAAUAAUAUCCUCGUUGUUGAUUUUGCACCCCAACUACAGCUCUUGGACCGUGCCAGCAUGGUGAUCACCCACUGCGGGAUGAAUACCACCUUGGAAACCAUGGCCCGUGGGAUUCCCGCCUUGGCCAUUCCCAUUACCAACGAUCAACCGGGUGUGGCGGCGCGAUGGAGAUCCCUGGGAGCCGUCAUGGUGUUGGAUUCCCCGGCACAAGCUACCACUGUCCGCAUUCAACAAGCCAUUCGGGCACUGCUUCCGGAAGCUUCGACGUAUCGACAAGCCGCCAAGACACUGCAACGACGACUCCAAGAGGAAACGCCCAAUUUGGACGAGACGGCGCACUUGAUUGAAUUGGCAUUUAGUGCCAACCAGGAGGCAAAGGAGAAGAAAGAGGGCGGCAGUGACUACAAUAACGUACCAUUGACGACCAAUGACUCCAGGGCAAAGGAGAUUUUGAAGGGGAAGCAAGUAGAGCCCCCCAAACGAAAGAGAAUAGAAUAGUAAUGGUACCGUUGGAGGCAUCCCCUUUCCGUGAAGAUUGUAUCUGUACUAGCUACAAGAUCAAUCGUUGCUUUGGCUGUUCCCUCUCUUAAUUAAGUUACUGUUCUACCGCACAGCAAUCCUAGCACUAUGCAUAACAACAUAGGCAGCCAUAGAAUAGCAACAGAUCCUAGCUGGUGUGGUGGGGUGAGGGGAGCUCUGUUUCGACAUCUCGUGUCGAUCCCUUUUCAGUUCGGAGUAGAUUGUGUACCACCAACCAAUGGCUGGAUGAUCGACCAUCAUCUCCAGUACGUCAAUGGGUGUCAGCCAAAAUGAGGCAUCCUUCUUGUUUGGAAUCUGAGAGUUGUUGAUUUGGUCGCUUUUGGAGCUACUACCACCACCAAGCGAGGAGGAGAUGCAACCCACAAGGAUGAGGAGCCCUCCUAACAUUCCGAUACGGGACAUGGU